UGUUGUCACGCUGACUCAGUCGGUGGAAUCAAUUUGGACUCCACUGCUCGCCGUACCAGGCUGUCAGCACUCUCUCACAUGAAUUACAUAAAUUAGUGCGUCAAGAAAUAGUUUUUCCUUUUAAAACACUCCAGAAUGGCUUUUCAGUGUCAACGAGAUUGCUAUAUGAAAGAGUUUGUUACCUCUGUGGUGUCCUGCUGCCCAGCUGAGCUCAAGCAAGAAGUUAACGGAAAGAAAGAAACCCUGAAAGGUUUCAGUGUCAAGCUUCAAGAUACAAUCCUUUUUCCUGAGGGAGGCGGCCAACCAGAUGACCAUGGUCUGAUCGGGGAUGUCCAAGUACUGAGGGUGACGAGGCAGGGCCUGAAGCCGUGCACUUUGUAAGCUCACCUGGAGGUGGGUCUGGAGGUGCAAGUUAAGGUGGACUGGGAGAGGAGGUUUGACCACAUGCAGCAACACUCGGGUCAACAUUUGAUCACAGCUCUAGCAGAUUCAUUUUUUGGAUACAAGACCACAUCCUGGGAUCUGGGGCGUCAGAGGGGCACCAUUGAACUGGACACUCCCUGUGUGAAGCCUGCCCAGCUUCAAACCCUGGAGGAGGCAGUUAAUGAAAAGAUCAGAGCUCACAUCCCUGUCACUGUACAGCUUCUCUCUAUAGACGACCCUGCUGUGGAAAAGGUGAGGAGUCGAGGCCUGCCAGAUGAUCAUGCUGGUCCCAUUCGGAUCAUUGAUAUCGAGGGUGUAGACACCAACAUGUGCUGUGGAACUCAUGUGUCUAACCUCAGCCACCUGCAGGUAAUAAAGCUUCUGGGAACUGAAAAAGGCAAGAAAAACAAAACCAACCUGAUCUUCCUGGCAGGCAACAGGGUGUUGAAGUACGCAGAAAGCUACAGCACAGAGCGAUCACUGGUGUCUCUGUUGAAAACUGGGCCGGAUGAGCACGUUGAGGCUGUUGACAAGUUGCAGAAGUCUGUGAAGCUACUACAGAAAACUAACCUGAGCCUGCUGCGAGACAUGGCUGUCUUCAUCGCUCAGAACUUCAAGAACAACCCCCAGAGAGGCAACUUCUUCAGCUAUCACAAAAAGGAGGGUGACAAUGAGUUCAUGAAUAUCAUUGCCAAUGAAUUAAACAGUGAGGAAACGCUGGUCUUCCUGACUGUGGGAGAGGAGAAGGGACCUGGUUUGUUUCUACUGACUGGACCCAGCGGACCAGUGUCAGACAUGGGACCACGGGUGCUGGAGAUGCUCCAAGGGAAGGGGGCAGGAAAAAACGGACGUUUCCAAGGCAAAGCCAACAGCCUGGCACGGAGAGAGGAGAGGUGGAGGAUUUCCUGCAGCAGCAGCACUGCAAACAUCACACCUCAGAGGACGAUUAAACCAGCAGUGACUCAAUACAAACACUUAUUUUAGAUGAUGGGAAAUACAACAGUGAGCUAAUUGUUCAUACUUUGUGCAAAACACCAUGCAGUGUGUUAAAGUACAACAACAAUGAUGGGAUAAUUUAUGUCAAAUUGUAAAUAAUUAGGAGCUCUGUACAACAUGCUGUACAUAUCUGAAUGUGAAAUAUCCUGUACUGUUUUUAUUCACGUAAAACCUCAGCUGUUGAAGCUUA